AUGAUCGUUCCGGCUCGCAGAGAGCCAUCAGCCGAAGCCUCAAUCAAUGAGCGAAUUCUCAGUCUAGUGACAAGUCUCUCAGAUAGAGUCAAACAUCUCGAGUCAAAAUUUGAUAGGGAUGCUACACUAAAGAGGUAUGUAGCUGAUGGACCUGUUGAGUCUUUCGAGGAGCAUGGCUCGUCUUCCACGCCACUGGAGCGAGCAGCUAAGCGAGCUCGCAUCCACGAUUCAGAUGAGAGACAAUCCAUUCAAAGGAUCCAUGAAGAAAUUUCUCUUACCGAGAAUGAUUCUACUUCUGGUCAAAAUGGGUCUGACGCUGAGGUCGAAGAUGCCGCAACAGUUUUGGAGUUCCUGGCUUGGGGAAGGCUGAAGGAGAGUAAUCUCACGAGCGGGAUCAGGAACCCGUCCAUUGUCCAUGAUCAAGGAAAUCACCAAGAGCAAGAUAUGCUACAAAAUGUCCAAGCAUGGGGAAAGUCUCCAUCGUCGGUAUCUGGAGGAAUCGUUCCGAUAGAAACAAUGCAGGUUUCACAGAUUCAGGCGUUGCUCCCAACGAAGAUGCAAGUGUUUCUUCUUUUCGAGUAUCACGCCGACUGGUUACUGUUCAUGCAUUGUUCAUUCCAUGUUCCUACUUUCAGAAAAGAGCUUGAUCAGUUCUACGACGAGGACCAAGGAGUCAUCAGUAUCACGAGUGCCGGGCUUCAGUGGGCAGCGUUGCUUUUCGCAAUCAUUUGUGGAAGUAUGACUUCCGUGCAGCCUGCCGAAGUCUUGAAAUGGGGGUUCCAGCAAGAAGAGCAAAGCAAUUUGGCGAAGUGUUGGUACCAAGCAUCAAUUGAAUGCCUCAACGCAGCUCGGUAUCAGCAAUACCACAGCUUGUAUAGCGUCCAAGCUAUUGCAUCGUCGACAAUAUCUGCUCAUAUACUUGGAUUCUCCAACUCUCAAUCAGUACUUCUCGCAUCAGCUGUUCGAAUAGCCCAGUCACUCGGACUUCACAGAUUGGGGAAGUAUAGAAGAACAGCUAGAGAGUCCCAAAUAGACGAUGUGACUGAGAAGGUCCAGAAAGAGCUAGGCAAAAGAUUGUGGCAGCAACUGGCUACACAGGACUGGUUUUCUGUUCCAUUUUCUGAGACCUACUGUAUCAAUCCAUUGCACUUCACUUCCAAAGCUCCACGUCACUGCGAUGAAGAUACGAUGGAAGCUAUCCCGGUAUCCCACCCGGCUAUCACCACUUACGGGAACUUCUUGUUCAGAGUAGCAGCACUGAUGCCUGCCCUCCAAGACCGGUCGUCUGAAGCUCACAGUAUGGACGUAAAAUAUGAACAUGUUCUAAGAUUUGAUAAGAUGAUGAGAGACCUGGUUAUUGCACAGCUUCCACCAUGCCUCAAUAGUCAGACUCAGGUUGAUCCAAUGUGGCCGCACUGGGUAGCUGUUGCUCGCCGAUGUCUCACGAUUACAUCUGCUCAUAAAAUCAUUAUGAUUCAUCGGAGAUUUCUGGGGAUGAGUUUUCAUGAUAAGAAAUUUGCGUUCACUCGCAGGACUUGUUUGGCUGCAGCCAAAACAAUCAUCAAUGAAAUAAAACAGGAGGUUCCCGAUGAAAGUCCAAUCCUAUGGACAACUCAGGCUUUUAGUGUAGCUGCCGCGAUAAUCUUGGCAUUGGACAACUUCAGCCAUCACCAAUCGGCACGAGAAUCCGAAGAACAUCGACAAUUAAUUACCGAAACAAUAUCGAUACUUUCAAAGAGCGUCUCGAUAAGCUUGAUAGCCGCUCGUGGCACACGCCUCUUGACCGACCUACAAGCCGAGGAGCGCAGACAUGCUCAGUGCAACGGCGGUUCGUCGUUACCAAAUGACAAGGGGAAAGCUAGCGAGAACCUUUCUCUAUCGAAUCAGUCCGAGAAGAGCUUAGAUGUUGCAGCAUUCGUGAAGAAGUUCUGUCAAAGCGAUCACCCUCCAUCUGGAAAUUCGCCGCUCGCGACCUCACACAUGCCACUCUGGCUGCAGCAAGAAAGCUCUUCUCAAACAUAUACAGAAAGUCAACGUGGGCGUAGCCACGUCUCUUACCCAUCUUUCCAUCCCAGAGCACCUCGGCCAUCUUCAUCAUACGAAAUUCCUGAACCAGGUUAUCGCUUCUCUCCAGCAAUCAGACGACAGCACGAAAGUUUUACCGACCCUUUCACACAAAAUAUUUCCGAUUCUUUCGAUAUCCGAACGGUCAACGUAAUUUCUCCACAAGCCUUUUGAUUUCUUCAGGCAAGAAUACUGAUAUGUCAACAGUGGUUCGAUGAUCUCUUGGGUCUGGCUCCUUCGAAUUCUAUAUGAGACUUCCCAUGAAACACUUAAUCAAACUCUUGCAGCGCUAGCAGUAUGAAGUGUACAGAUCACCACUGUGCAAAUACUUAUUCAUUGAUUUUGAUCAUCAUAAUAGAGCCAAAACAGAUUCCAUCGCCUUCACAACCCCCGCAGUGUCUUCCAGCACCUGCUGGUGACCCGAGUGUACCACUUCAAUAGUAACCUUCUCAUUUCCUCCUCCAAUCAAGCCUCUCAACUCCUCAGAUCUCGAAGGCGGCGAGAUGUUAUCCUGAUCUCCUGCUAUCAGAACUGUUGGGCAUGUAAUCGCGGAGUAAUCUGGAUCGAUAUGACUCUUCGCGCAUACAGCUUCACACGUGGCAGCGUAUCCCUCAGCUGUCUGUGAACUGAUCAUCUGUCUAACGACCGUUCGGGAGAGAUCUGAUGAACUCGGUGCCACAUUGUUGUCGAUGGUGGAAUCUCUGAUACCGUGAAUGCCUUCUCUAGCUUUUGCUCCGAGACCAGUCAUGCGCUCCACGACGGCCGGGAUGUGCGAAGCCGAUCUCCCAGGACCGAUAAGAACCAGACCACGGACUUUUGGAUGCUGAGAUGCGUAGUGCAUGGCGACGAUGCUCCCAAGAGAGUGGCCAACGAGUAUCGGUGGCUCUUUGGUAUCUCGUGAUUGGAGAAUGGAAGCGAGGUCGUCAACAAAUUGAGGUAUUGACAACGGAGACUCGAAACUGCUGAAUCCGGA